ACACUUACUAUAAUUAAUUAGCCAAAUCGUAGGAGAUUUUACGGUCAUCUUCUGAUGCACUGCUAAGGUUCCCAUGGUCGUACGCCAUACGGCUUAGAAAAAUCUCAUCAGUGGCGCUUGGUUACUCCGUUCAACUCGGUAAAUAAAGCUGUUUAUAGGGGAGACAAAUAGCCGAGAUCCGUUAUUGGAGUUCGUUUGGUUUCAGAGGUGGCACCACCAUUCGACAGCCUCUGAUGCAUCCGCCCCUCCCCCUGCCCCGCCCACCUCCGAAUUUUUAAGGCAAGCAGCGUGUGGUGCCGUCCGCUUAUCACUCUCCCUGUUCCUAGUAGAUAGUAGCCCAGCCUCCUGCUCCUGCUCCUCUCGCUGCCACGCCGUGUUCACGGGGCGGGGGAGGUGGGUGCGUACGUAGCUGGUGGCGGUGGGCGAUGCCGCAGGUCGACCUGGAGAGCCUGGUGUGCGGCGGCGCGGGCGCGGGCGCCGGGGACAGGAAGGUGUCGUGCGAGACGGUCAUCGCGGACGUCGCCUCGCCGCCGCGGCCGCCAGCGCCGGACCCCGACUUCCCGCCGGACUCGAUAACCAUCCGCAUCGGCGAAGACGUGGCCUUCUCGGAGGUGAACCCGAUAUACGAGCGGGACGACUCCACCAAGGGGAGCACCAACCCCAAGUCGUCGGCGGCGGCGGGGGGCGGCGCCUGCAACCCCGUCCCGCUCAAGGCGCGCUCCAACUCCGCGCGCAUCGCGGGGGGGCCGGCCGCGGCCACCGCCACCUUCUUCGGGCUCCCGGCCAGGAUCCGGCCCGCCUUCACCCGGCGCCAGCCGUCGCAGGGCCGGAUCUUGCCCGACAAGCGCUCUGGCACCGGCACCGGCGACGAGCCGCGGUCGCCCAAGGUGUCCUGCAUUGGGAAGGUGCUGUCCGACAGGGAGAGGUGCGGGCGGCGGCGCCAGCGCAGAUGGUGGCGUGGGGUGGCGGCCGUGUUCCGGUGCGGCGGCGGCUGCGCCUCCCGGGGAUUCGGCGGCGCGGCGGGCAAGAAGAUGGCGCUGGAGGAGGACGGGCACGACGAGGAGGAGGAGAAGGAGCCGAGCGUCGCGGGAAUGCGAAGGUUCAAGUCAGGGAGAAGAGCAGCCACGUGGGGAGAGGAGGCGCUGGCAGCCGCGGCGGCGGGGGCCUUCUCCGGCGAGCCGGCUGCGGAGGAGGAGAAGAAGCACGAGAGCCACGAGACCGAGCACUGGGCCCGACCACCGGUAAGUUAGCUGCGGGCUGUGGCAGAGGCGGGAAGAGGCGAGGCGCGCCAAGGUGAUACGAGCGGGGGGUGCCUGCAUGGUGGCCCCAGUUGUCAGUGACGGCGCGCGGUCGACGAUAGGUGGUCUCGAGCCGCGACCGUGAUGGGCGCGUGCUCGGGGUGGGUAGGGGAGGUGACCGGUGACUGGCCUAGAAAUGCGGGUUUUGGAAUGAAUUUCCGUGGUCUUUUGCUGUUUGGAGUGUUGCGCUUGGGAUCGUGGUGCUCAACGGACCCAACUUGUUGUGUUGUUGCGUGUUUGCAGCCGUAUCAAUGCACGGAUGGAUGUAAAUACCACCCCGAAAUAAUAACAAGAACGUGCACACAGUUCCGGUUCGUGUA